UUUGAUGAUUCUGGAAGCCAUUUCCUCUCUGCGCCCGCGGUUGUUCUGCUUCGGGAACAGCAAGCGUCGGCUGAGCCUGACGCUAUGGAAGAGUACACGUUUAGGCCGUCCACCGAUAGCCUGGACGACCCGCCGAAUAGCCGCUUGUUCCUGGUAACAAGCAAGUCGAUCGCGGAGGAUGUGAUCCGGGAGCAUUUCAGCAUCUACGGGGAGAUCCAGGACAUUUGGGUGGUGAAAGACAAACAAACGAAGGAGUCCAAGGGCGUUUCCUUUGUCAAGUUCGCCAAGUCUUCACAGGCAUGCAGAGCCAUGGAGGAAAUGCACGGGAAGUGCCUCGCCGAGGGAACCAAGCCCAUCAAGGUGUUCAUCGCGCAGUCCAGGGCGUCGGGGAGCCACCGGGACGUGGAAGACGAGGAGCUCACUCGUAUAUUUGUCAUGAUUCCCAAGAGCUUUACGGAGGAGGACCUGAAGGAGACGUUUAAGGAGUUUGGUGACAUAGAAUACUGCAUCAUCAUCAAGAACAAAACCACCGGGGAGAGCAAAGGCUUGGGCUACGUCAGAUACCAGCGGCCAUCACAAGCCGCCACGGCCAUUGAGAAUUGUGACAAGACAUUUAGGGCAAUCCUUGCAGAGCCUAGAAACAAAAAUGUAUCUUCAGAAAACGAGUACUUUGGUAAUUCUCGAGCAGACCACGGGGUAAAUGAUCCGGGAAUGAGUGCCUACCCCUUUGAUGGCAGUAACUACUCCAUGGGUGAUGUGCGUGGUGCUGACAUCAUCACACGGUGCCUCAUGGUGUCCUCCAGAGCGAGCAUCACACAGGAGCAAUUAUAUGGCCUUUUUGACCUGAUCCCCGGCAUGGAAUACUGCGAGGUGCAGAGGGACCCCUAUGGCUUCAGCAAAGGUCAGGCCAUGAUCCGCUACAAUAACCUGGGCUCGGCCAUUUACGCCAAGGAGAAACUGCACGGCUUUGAGUACCCCCCCGGGAACCGGCUAGCAGUGUCCUAUGUGGAUGACGGGGAGGACCGCUCCAGCCCGGUGGGGAAGAUGGCCAUGCAGCUGGUGGCAGCACAGAUGAUGUCAAUGGUGUGGAGCGGCCCAGCUGGGGCCCAACUGAUGAAGACUGGCGCGGGCUACCCACCCCCUGCCAUCCCGCAGAUUCCCCGUGUGCAGACUGAUGUGGCCCUGCCCCCCCCUAAGAAGAUGGCACCCUCCGAUAGCCGGGUGAAGGAGCGGCUCUUUGUGGUGUUCAACCCGGCACCACUGCCUGUCGAUGUGUUGGAGGAUGUGUUCUGUCGCUUUGGUGCCCUCCUGGAGGUGUACCUGGUCCCAGGGCGUAACGUGGGCUACAUGAAGUUUGCUGAGCGCAAGAGUGCCACUGAGGCCAUGGCGGCGCUGCACGGCAAGGUGGUCAAUGGCGUGAAGAUGAAGGUCAUGCUGGCUGACCCACCCAAGGAGGAAUCCCAUAAGCGACAGAGAACCUACUGAUGAGGCUCCACUGAACGGUGCAGGGGAGCUGCAGUGCCACCCGGUGGUGUCUUGUGUCUGAAUGGACAGCUGUGACAGGUGCCCUGUAAUUUCAUCAUGUUCAUUAUUAUGGUGGACAGAUAUGGCUGCAGUUGUUUGUGCAUGUGGAAUUCAAUGUCUUGGCUGUGGUGAAAUAUUUCUCAAGGUAAGGCUAAUCAUUUAGAAGAAUAUUUCUUUGUAGCUUUGUUCGAGUGAGAUGAGAAGUACAGUUUGCUGGUGGGUGUGUGUAUUAUACACAGGGAAUCAAGCUAAAGGGUAAUGUUAAGUGCUGCUUUCCCCCUCAGAGCUGUGCUGCGUGCCUGUACUUUCAUCACAGUGUGUGGGGUCUUCCUCCAGCAGGGGGCGCCUGCGUGCCCCUUGGCUCAUGAGUGAGCAACAGAGACGAGCUUGCUGCGUGCAUCUUUACGGUUUUGUUCUUGUUUCUGCAGAGAGAUAAGUGACAUGACCCUCAGCAUGACUGGACAUAGAGACGGUGACGCAACCGGCUAGCGACCGACAGUGACUGCAUAUCUUUGUGUAACGCUGCUGCUGACUGCAGCCAUUUGUUUGCUAUGAAAGUUUCUCUCCCUCUUUUUUGGAGUCACCAGCAGUAUCCCAACAAGAUGGAAAGUGGUUCUUUAAAAUAAUUUUGGGGACAAACAAGUUAUUUUGUUAUGUAUGUUUUCUUGAUUUUCUGCAAUUAAAAUAUGCUUAAAGAUC